CAAAAGGCUAAUCUGAGACAGCAACGUAAGACGGCUCGGGUUUUCUUCAGUUCACCAUUCGGUGGACUGGAGGAGGAACGCGAGGAGUUAACCAAGAAAUACUGGCCUAAGUUGUCGUCAAUUUGCAAGAGAGCUGGGUACGAAUUUGUUCCGGUUGACAUGAGAUGGGGUAUAACCUCGGAGAUGUCAUCAAACGCUGCUACUAUUGAGAUUUGUCUUCGAGAAAUGGAUCGGUCUGACAUGAUUGUGGGCUUCUUUGGACAGGUAAAAAGCUCAAAAAUAUUUUAACUUAAGAAAAUCUUACUGCGAACAACUCAAGAACAAUGUUGAGCUUAAUUCAUUUUUUCUAAUAAAGGCCCAAUUUUUACUCCGUGCAAUUUGGCCGUAAAUCACAAAGAUUUUAUGAGUCGCAAUGGAAAGUUUAAUACCGACUAUUUAAUGUUACAGUUGCAUGUAGCUUAGGGACACAGACCAAGAGAAAGACAGGUUAUUUUUUUUAAAUUUUCCCUUUCAAGUCUUGUCAGUGAGUGUGAAAAAGAUUCUUGUUUGCUCUCCUUCUAAGGAGAAAUAUUGUUAUUGCAGGAUUUUUGGUUGUGAUGAUUUCUUUAACCCGAAACAAUCAUGUCAGCUGUGUAGGCUGUAAAGUCUUUUUGCUAGUUAAUGACAACUUGUAGCAUAUUCCUGAGAUUUUUGUGUCAUUUACUGCAUCUGACAUAACUGAUACCGAGAGUAAAAGAAAUUGAUAAUCACUUAUAUUAUUUUGUUCAGCGAUAUGGGUGGCAUGGAUUCGAUGCCCUUUUGCAAAAAAGUUUCGACGUUGCAGCAGUGAAAUAUCCUUGGCUUAACGAUUAUCGAGAGAAAGCUGUGACUGAGCUGGAAUUCUUACAUGGCCAUCUGAGAAAUCCUGGAAAGAGAGCUGCUUGUUUCUUCUUCCGAGAUAAGGUAUUCGACACUAUUUGAUUUAAGAGUCUGUUUAAGGUUAUGUUCACACUAUAUCAGAGAGUUAUAUUCCUAAAUUUUCACUCUACUAAACAGAGACUGUCACUGUUGAUUCUUGGUCACAUGGCCUUGACUAAAAUCAAGUGUAUCCCGAUCUUGAGCAAUUGUACCCCGCUCUGGAUACGUUACAACACGUGAUCAAAGCAUGGCGGAAAGUGGUUUGACAGAAGGCGGGAAAAACAGCGCCAGUUUUCACUUUUGGGGAUGAAGGCAACAAGAGUCCACAACACAAACAUAAAGCCUUAAGCUAAAAGGCGACGAUUUUCAAAGUUAUCCCUGAAGAGAAACAGUAGCUAGUGGAGGAAAAAGAUGCAGACAAUAUAAGCAAAGUACUUUGUAAAUCAUUCAUACAGUGGUUUUGAGAAUUAAAUUUGUGUUUUUAUAAGAACCGCGUCGACUGUUUUGAUUCUCUCCGGUUAUUCUUUUGUCGCUGUUAAAGUGAAAGUCUUGAAAUCUGAGAAAUAUAACAAAACACUUAGGGCCAGUUUUUUUAAACAGAGUUUAGCCAUUGUUUAGCAAAACCGUGUUCCAAGCCAUUUCAGUUUGCCGAACGCUUUUAUAUAAACACCGUUAAUCGUGAAGAGUUUAGUAAUAAUAAUAAACUUUAUUUAUAUAACGUCUAUAUCAUUAACUGUUCUAGUACUGAAUAAAAGUUUGCGUACCUCUCCGGAAAGCCAUUGUGGAAUCUAGCUCCAAAUCGACAAAAAAAUUCAAGAUAAAACCAUUCCCUUUGUUUACAGAAUCACCUUCGUCGAUGAAAAGCACCUCAACGCGGGACGCCAUUAUCUUCUCCCUUCCUCUCUUGACAGCACCGAAUAAAAGUUUGCGGACCUCUACGGAAACCAAUUUCCGAUUAAGUGACAUCAGUGACAUUUGUUUAUGUCCUACUUAGGUAAAAGCGCCUGUAUACUGAAUACCACCGUUCUAACAAUCAACUUACUUUAAAAAUUAUCUUUGUAGUCCUACGAUGAGAUGAAACUGAAGCUGGCUGAAGAGGCUGGGCAAGAAAGACAGGCACGUAAAUUCCGUUCUUCCACAGACGGUCCUAAAGCUGCCGAAUAUUUGGCAGACUUGAAAGAAAGAGUCUACAAAACGCAAGACAAGGUAAGCAAGACGAAAUCCCAGCUGGGCGUAGUUCUUAUGUAAUCCCUUUUAGUGUAUAGAAAAGUGAUCAACGUUCAGCCAUACAAAACAGCCUAGUAACAAAGGAUUCGCUGGACGUAUGAAAGCCACCUUGUACCAUAUCUUCUCCGUGCUUCCGACUUUGAAGCAAAUUUACCAGAUUUCUCUUCUGCACUGGCAAACAGAGGUGCAAUUAGAAGUCAGGUUAGACUAAAGACGGAAAGUAUGAAAAGUUAAGACGGGAAUGGCCUCGCUAUCAGCAUCCGACGCAAAUGGUGGCUACCGGUGAAACUAAAAAAAGCUAGAAAGACAUACGUUUCAUCUUGCUCUGAUUAAGAACAAAAGAAUCUUAGAUUGUUUUAUACUUAUCAAUGGAUGCUGAGUAAACCAAGUCUUCCAACAAUAUCAGAAGUUUUCUUCCAUAAGUAACAAACGAAACGAUAAUGAACGCAGUUGUUCAAAAAAACCUGGUAAUUGCGUUAAUUUUCUAUUCUAAGUGUUUAGCUGUGCACAUGAGCUACAAAGAUCCACAAGAAGGAGCAAGGCUUAUGUACGAAACGAUAGAGAAGUACUUAAGAGAAGUUUUUUUAGCGCGCCCUGUGAAAAAGUUGUCCCCUUUGGAGGAGGAGCGUUCUCGACAUGACGUUUUUAUGGUUAGCAGACUGGGCAUGGGUGGCGUUUAUGUUGGUGGAGAAAGCUACAUGAAUCAAAUUGACAGCCAUGUCAAGUCUGAGAGUGAGGAGGAUAAUCCUAAACAUCUCGUGGUUAUUGGGGAAGCUGGUAAGAUUUCAUGAUAAAGUACCUUAUCAUUUAUAAUGGGGAGCGAGGGUGGGGCAGUGGUGAGAGCACUCGCCUCCCACCAAUUUGACUUUGGUUCAAAUCCCGGCGUCGACACCAUAUAUGGGUUGAGUUUGUUGUUGGUUCUAUCCUUUGCUCCAAGAGGUUUUUCUCCGGGUACUGCUGUUGAUCCCUCUCCUCCAAAACCAACGUUUGCAAAUUCCAAUUCGACCAAGAAUCAGGUAGAAGAAGAACCACUUUGUGGAUGUGUUUCCUAUAUAUCAUUGUUUUUACCAUUUAUUAUUAUCAUUAUUAAUGUACCGGCAUACACACUCAAUCAAAAUUACUCUAAGGGGCCGACCAUUUGACUUUUGAGGGAGAGGGGGGUGUGGGUGACUUCAGAGAAAAAUAUCCUGCAUACUCAUUUUAAGGGAAAAAAUUUCUUUCAAGGAAAUACCUGGCGAAAAAACAUUCUUACACUGAAAAAAAAUAUCUUCCAUGGCUUAUAAUGCUAAAAAGUUCUCGCACCGUUGUAUGUCAGAAAAAAUCUUUCAUCAGAGGUUUCUCACCAGAGGUUUGCGAAAAAAAAUCUUCUCCAAACCAAAUCACCCAUAUCCCCCAUCACUUCCCCACCACCUCAAAAGUGAAAUGGUCGGCCCCUAAUUGGCUGCUUACGAUUUUAAAUAAGGCUUUGCAUAAACGUGUAUUUCCAAUGUGAUUGUCAUUAAUAAUUCAACGUCAGAGGAAAUCAUGAACGUGACGUGCUCUUUGCAUCCUUUAAUUUCUAUUUCAAAAUCUUAUAUUGUUUCUUCAAACGAAAGUUUUUUAAAAACAAUUGAAAGGUUUACUCAUUGUUCUUAUAUUACUUUAUUAUAUUUUAAUAACUAACUUUUUUUUUCAGGCGUGUUUAUUGUCAUGUUAGUUGUUACUUAGAUUGUCAUCACAAAUACUUUUUUCAUCAUUUCGAUGUCAAGUGAAAACAACAUUCAUAACAACAUUUACAGGUUCUGGAAAGUCCUGCCUACUUGGUAACUGGUCGUUACAUCAUAAGGAGAAAUUCCCAAAGGAUGCAGUGGUAGAUCACUUUGCAGGCUGCACAAGUGGAAGCACAGGUGGGAAGACAUUCCAUUCGCCACUUGCACAUCUCCCAUAAUGCACUUUGUUUGCUCUCCUUCCGCCCUCCCAAAGCACUGUCUUCAAUUUUUCGUGGGGAGACUGUAAUACCCAGAAGAAAUUGAAAACAAAGGUUACGCAAAAAUUGGGGCGGGGGGGAGCUAGGUGUAUUAUAAGAGAUGUGCAAAUGGCAAAUUAUCAAUUCUGACCUUUCUCUAUUGUUACAAACUUGUUGCAUGAGGGAAGGAUCUCAAAGCGCGAGCGAAAACGAAAACAUUGCCAGUGUUUUCAUUUCCAGAAAUGCUUGCAUGUGCUGCAUCAUCGUCAAUAGCAGAGAAAAGGAGGACUAUGAGCGAGAUAUCAUUAAAACAUUAAACACGGAAAAUACAAAUAUGAAGUUUUUCUCUUUUUUUUUUUUUUUUUUUUUUUUUUUUCAUUAAUCCAAUGGGCGAGGCUUGCUUUCCGGUGAAGAUAAGGCUGGGGGAACUGCUGUGCGGUUCACAGCCAAUAUAUCGUACAUGUGUUGUGUGGAGCUGGCGAUUAAAGGAGUGCUUUGCAUUAGUCGCCUCGCCAGUAAAUGGCCUAUGAUACACGGCUUUGUCCUAUUUCAGGCCCGAUGGCGAUGCCACGUUGAUGAGCCCUAAUAAGGGCGAAACCGGCAGCAGUCCAUGGCUAUCACUUCGUUUGUGCGCAUGCGUUAGGUACUGGUCAGUCAGUUGGUUGGUGUUCGUGUGUCGCUAGCUCUUAAGUUUCUCAAUUUUAGGAUAAGAUUGUCCUCAUCGUGCUCCAAAACCGGGCAUUUUCUUUGCUUUGCCACUGUAGAUUAAGGAAAUGUUUUUUCUUUUUGUUGCUAGAUCAUAAAUCACUCCUUGUAUUUGUUUCAAAUUACGAUGUACAUUAACUGUUCUUAUUUCAUAUCAUGUGAAUUUUCUUUCCGUUGUUAUUUUUUUAAAACCCGUCUAGACUAGCUGUACUAGCUGAGAGUUGCCAAUAUAGGUAGCUUUCUCUUGAAAACCAAAUUAAAAGUUGUUGUUGUUGUUUGCUGUUAUAUGACACUGCAGAAGGUGAGGUGUGACUCAAGCCCAAAAACAAAAAUGUUAUAUUUCCUCGCCGUCUUAGCAAGAUGCCCUGUUCUACCUGUAUAAUUCUUCAUAUUAUGCUCAUCCUCAACCACUAAUGAUUAAUCAAAGAUUUGCAUGUGCUUGUUUGAACUGUUUUGUUUAUGCUUAUGCUUACGAGUGUUAUGCUUAUUUCAUGUAAUUUAAGUAACUGACCAAGACGAACAGCUUUGAACUUUUCUAGUACCACGAAAGAUAUUGAAGCGACUGGUUGAGGAACUCCGUGACUUGCUAAAGGAAAGGACCGGUAAAGAACAACCAACAGUAGAGUCAGACUCAGACAGUAUUCGCGAUCUUAUUCGAGAACUGACAGACACAGUGAAGCGGAUCACCGACGCAGGACAUCGCACCGUUAUUAUUAUUGAUGCUUUGAACAAAGUCGACGAAGCUGGACAAACAACUAAGGUGAACGAAGUUUGAUAAUGAGUCAACCUUAACUAUGUUUUCGGCUCUAUUCACCAUUUUCACAUAGACCAUAAUGCACCUUGUUUACCCUCCAAAAUUUUGCAUAACCAUUGUUUGCAAUUGUUCCAAGAGAACAGGAAGACAACAGUUAUGCAAUUAAAAUUUUGGGGGGAGUAAACAAGGUGCAUUAUGGUCUAUGUAAAAAAGGUGAAUACUGAAAGCUAUUAAUUGGGAGAUGAGAUCCUUCGCAUGAAAAAACAAAUUCUUAAGAAAAUUUCCUUGGUGCCGCGAAAUUAAUCGUAUAUUUUCUACGCACAUCGCUCGUUCUCAGAGCGAUAAGUCUCAGCGACUUCGAUCCCUGGGGCCGGGAAAAUUUACAGGGUUUAAAAGGGAAGAGGGUACUGGCUAGUGCCUUGCAAAUAGCACGUCCUUCUUUUGGCUUGGAUAAAUGGCAGAGAGGACGGUACUAUGUAAAGUAGGGCCCGAAAACCAGUGUUCUCGAUUAGCUCUCAGUACAAAAUACUUAAGCCCUUAUAACUAACGCCACCUCCCUAGGUGGAUUUCCUUGGGUUUACACUGCAUUUGCCUCAUCAGGGACGCAUCAGUGCAGACAGCUGAAACCUGUAUUUUUUAUUAUUAUUAUUAUUAUUAUUAUUAUUUCCUGAAAGCAUUUUUAUAAUAAAACAGGUAUGACCGUUAGAUUUUUUGCAUUAUAUCGGUGUAUUUGUGUUAUUAUUUAUCCCCGUUUAACAUUCACCAUUCCCCUAUUUUUCGUUUUAGCAACACCCAGAUAUAGUUGCUAUCAACCGAGCUAUCGAACCAUAAGCCGAAAAACACAAAAAUUUCACUCAAACGCAACUGCUGCAGUAUCAUUAUUUGUUAAUUUAUCUCGAGAUUUACUAAAAAAUUAUUUCUUUUCAAUUCAGUGCGAUUUUCUUCACACACUUUUACCAUACCAGUUUGGAUAUAUUUGCUUCCGACUGACUGCGUCGUGUUUUUACUUUCAUCAAACGAUAGGUCUGGAAUGAUAGUGUAAAUAGACUCGAUUCUCUUCGGCAUUUUUCGGGGAAUGAGUCCCGCUCCUAAUUCUUCUUAGUGGAGAACGAGGCCGGACUCGAGAGAGAGCGGCGAAAAAACCGAAGUCGCGCACUUUGCAACGGCGAAAAUUCCAAUUUUGGCGCCUUGUAACUCACGAACAGUAAUUCAGGUUUAAGAAAGAAACUGUUUGCUUGUAAUCUGAUUUAAAAAGAAAGCUUAGGGUUGACUCUUGGACUAUUAAUUUACUACAUAAUAAGGCGACCUAAGACUUCAGAAAGCGGACUGUGCGAACAAUGUAAUGACACUAUGAAAGUGGGGUGAGGGUUUUCACUGAACCAUUCGAUCGGUUGGAAUGGACAGGAAGCAGGACAAGCUUGAUGAAUUAAUCUGGGCAAUCUUAUUGAAUAUUCCUUGACUAUUUACAUUCCACUGACAUAGGUAUCGAAGAAAAACUGACACAGUAAAAGGUCCGUAAGUAAGUAUAAGAACCUGCUUUUUGAAAACCUGUUAGGCUAAAAUUUGCCAGUCAAGCCCCCUCUAUACAAGAACCUGUUUAGCCUAAAACUUGAAACAGGAUUUUAUUCUCUAAAUUCUAUACACUUGAGCAAAUAAUUAAGAUACGUCAACAUUUACGAUCCUUAUUAGAGACGUAGGUGCCUUAUCACCCCAACUGCAAUGAUAUCGUUUGCAGAUUUUAUAUGAGGAAUAAACUGUAUAGCACUUAAUACUCUAAGCUUAGGCUCGAUUUCCGCCGUCUCCAGGGUGCGGUCUUUGAUCAUUUUCCCGAACAGCGGCUGGUAAUCGAGCCUACUCUAAGCUACGAUAUAUUUUUUUUGUUCUUCAGAAAGUAAGAACCCAUUUAAGAACCUAAAUAACCUAAAUUUGUGCUAAGAACCAUUUCGGUAAGAACCUGUUCGCAGGUUAACAUCAGAAAAUGUAAUUUCCUACUCGCGAGUUUUUACUGCAAGUGGAACGAGUGGAAAGUAAUUAGUUAUUCAAUCAAUUAUUACUACCUAAUUCAGUGUUAUUUUUUAUUUUUCUAACGCCUAAACUAUGUAAUAGAUCUCUGUAGAGGCAUGUGAACUACAAUUAUCAAGUAGGAAGCGAAGGAGCUGAAUUGUUUCUUUUAGACGACGCGUUGUAAGACUCAAGACAGGCUCGAUCUAACCUGAACAGGAUUAAAUCACAGGAUGUUGAUCUCACCAAACGAACGGGAUUUUCUACUUUUUGUAUCGUUGCACUCACUGAACUACCAUCUUUAAGAAGCGACGGCGCUGAGAUGAUUCUUUUUAGCAACGUGUUCAGAGAUCUAAGAUGGGCUCGAUCUAAGCAGACAAGGGCUAAAUCACAGGAUGCAGAUCUUGCCAAACGAAAAGGAUUUUCUGCUAUCUGUAUCCCUACAUGCACUAAACCAAGUGAAUUUUCUCGCUGUACGAAUCUUAUCCCUUCAGUUGUAACAGCUGUUGAUUUUUUCAUUCUCAGCAGCUCGAGCACAGUGUUUCUAAAACGGCGGUCUCUAUAGCAGUAAAUUAAAUGAUUAAUUAAAGAAUUUAAAAAAAGAAAUGAGUCCGCUAUCCGCCAUGCGAUACGUGUACCAAGGACUGGAUAAACUGUUGCCAGUGUACCGACAAUCACACCAGGGACGAAAGAAAGAAUCAGGACAAUCGUAACUAAAGCAGUCGUCACAGCAAUUCUGUUUUCGAGUUUUGCUUGUACCAAAACGUUGACCUGGAGGAUCUGAUGCGUUUCCGAACUCCAAGGUACAUCAUGAAAUAAAAAUACACAAUAAGAACUAGGAUACAAACUAAAACACCGGCGCUACCGGUGACCGGGAUUGUUACUGCUAAAGCCAGAGCCGUUUUAUCCUUGCCAACCGUUAUCUCCAUAAUGAUGAAUAUACAGCUACGACCACUAUAACCCAAGCUGAAAUUGCCAUCUUUCUCAAGCGGCUUCUCUUCACUAUAGUUUUAUAAUCAAUCCAUUUUCGAAUGGCUUUGUACCGGUCCCACGGAAUCAUUGUCAGAUGGAUAAGCGAGCAAAUUGCCAGACUGAAAGUCAGCAUUGAAGUUACCAAGUCCAUCAAACAAAAAUGUUGGACAGCCACUAUUCGAUAGGGAAGAAACAGUGCAACUAUGGCUGAUAACGGGAUACCUAUGCCACCUGUAAGAAGGUCCGCAACUGCCAUACUUGAAAUAAGGACAUUGGAAGGUCUCUGCCGCAGUUCCUUCUUUUUCUUUACUGCUAAGAUUGUUAAUGUGUUCAAAAGAAAUGCGAUGGGAGCGGCUAUAGUUGCAAACGCAGCAAAAAUCCAAGGAGAAGUGGUUUCAUGUAGGUCGAACGCUAUACCUGGUCCGUGUGUCCUGCAAUAAAGCACUGAGCUACUGGUAUUAUUGGUUUAGGCUGAAGCCCAUUGUACUUCCCCGUUUCGGUCCAUAAUGAUAAAGCGCUACUAUUUUCAACUGUUUUCUUGGUGGUUCCAAUGAAAGGCCUAUUCCCAGUUCUAGUUACCUCAAGACUUUUCUCAGUGAGCGUUACCUUCUCAAAAAGGCGUGAUUUUGUGGCUUUUUUGAAGAAUAAUUUUAAGGAAUAAUCUGGCGGACUUUAGGUCUGGCUGAUUAGUAACUUCUCUUUGCCUCGAAGUAAAACCAGUGUUAAAAGCGCAAGAACCAUCAGCUGAUACUCCUCUGUUCUCUCUCAGUCAACCACGUGCUUACGCUUUUCCUCAUUCACGAUUCAGUCUUUCUCCCUUUUUAUUCAUUGUAAUUUUGUCUCCGGCUCCAUAAUAAUUUUACAGUAAUUGACCACAUAUACGUCAUAUACCCAAAGCCUUUAUUUUUGCAAGGAAGGAAUAGAAUAAAAAAACAUUGAAGAAAAACAAAAAACACUGAUUAGACUCUGAUAAAGGCAGGAUGAAAAUCACCACCGAAGGGCCUCAUUGCACUGAAACUAGGAUAAAUCUAUAAAAUCUCAGUAAUUUAAGGUAUAGGAAACAUGUACAGCUUAAUAAAAGCGUGGGAAAUCGCCGCUGUGUAGAUUACAUUCAAGUUAUAUAUUAGAAUAACCACAAUUCAGCUACGAAUUUAUCUUCUACGGCAUAAUACACAAUAACACCGUAACUAGAUUUUGGAUUCCACAAGCAAAAAUUUCCCAGAUUCCUGAAUUCGGAUUGUCUUAUAUGGGGCAUAGAUUAUAUUUUCAUUCUGUCGCCUUUUUUAUUAGGCUUUCGAUAUCAGCUGUACUAUCACAGGUAUAUUUUCAUCUAUUUUUCCAUUAUUAUAUGUAAAAUUUGUCAUAAACGUAGAGAUCACUUGUACAGCAACACACUUCAUUGGGGGUUCUUGUCUAUACUGUUCUGCCCUCCUGUGUUUUACAUAUGCAUUGUAAAAAGUACUGCUUCUCACGACAAUUAGAACUUAUUCAGUUGCAACUUUUACGGGAAAUGUUUCUCUGACAAACCCAUGGAGUCAGGGUUCUAAUUGCUAAGACCAGGGGCGAUAUCUGCGUUGGGUUUGUCACGGUCGGUGUUUGUCGUCGCUCCGGGAGGUUCCGGGCACUCCAGUUUUCCCCCUUUCAGUUUUAGUUUCAUUUCAUUUAUUGGCCAGAAAAAAAAAGGACAUUCAAUACAUCGCAAUGCAUUUCUCGGCCUUAAAAAUGAGCCAACUUUCCUAAAUUCCAGUUCCAUUAGAAAUACGGCAGACGAAAUUUUCAUCGACUUCGAUCCAAGGUCAGUAUGUAAUGAAAAUUUAAUUGCAAUCGAACGAGGAUAAAAUCACCUUUAAGGUUAUUAAAGCAUAUCGGUGCAUGCUAAACGCAAGGGAAGGAGGUCGAGAAAGGGAUUUUAGGUCCGACACCUGGGAAUCCUCGCACUCGGGAAUUGGGUUUAUUGAAUUUGACAAAUGAAUUUAAAAUGAAACAGCCUUUCGUGAUUAUGAUUAUGAAUUGAACCGUUUGGAAGUCACCUAAAAAAUCACGUGGAAAUUUAGGUUUUUGGACAGAGGUCAUGAACUUGUCUUACCCAAUGCAGCGCGACUUAUAUAUUUGCUCAAUAACUUUAAGAAGGCCAAUUUCUCCAAAAACGAACGCUUUUGUGAAAAAAGAACUUAUAGUAAACCGGAACUUUUUAUCGGAUUCUUAUCUGUUUACACUGUUUAACUGACAUGGGCAUCAAAACAAGUUAAAUUACUUAAGCAAUUAGCUAUUUAUAAUUUAUUAUUGUAUGCGACAUUAAGAGAACGCAACUCGUAAUCUUUGCUGCCCUGUGGUACUCGUCGUAGGUCUGCAUUUUGGGCGCCAUUUUGAAUUACGUCAUAUGUGCAUCCUCAUCGCACUCUUUCGAUCAAGGUCAACCGGAUGAUGCAACUCACGUCGUAAGCACGGGUUUACUCGAGUUCGACAAGGGAAUGAAACUUUGAGUUUAUUUCGAAGCGGGUUUUGUCGCUGAUCCGGCGAUUAAUACAUUAUUAGGUCAAGAGAUGUAACACCGGUCAAGUCUAGGUGAAAGUUGGUAAAAAGACACAAAUAAACAUCGAGUAACAUUUGUUCAUGCCGUUUGUGGCUCUAUUGAGGAAUUUACCCGUGCUUUUGAGUCCUUCUUUAUUCCCAGUUUUUUACUUAUUUUUAUUUUUAUGAAUAAAGUACGUACGUUUCCAGAAUUUUACCCCUACAUGCCUUGGUUUAUAAUGUGAUGCUUUUGUUGUUAGUACCCUCUCGCUGAGUAAUAUCAUGAUGCUAAGUGUUGAAACACGAUGAAAUGGCGUACACGAACUGAAUAUGAAGAUGAAUAGUUCGCAUAAUCAAACCGGUUUCCCUGAAUGUGGACUUUUUAUUAGUAACAGCACGUCGUUAAACCUAUUAACAGAAUAAAUUUCUUUUUUCUCGUAGACUUUGUUUUGGUUACCAAGGAAACUACCUCGCAAAGUGCAUCUCAUAGUUUCCGUAAAUGCCACCGACCAAAACAAAGUGGUCGAGUUGACUGAGGAAAGAGGCUACUCGGCCAUCCACACUUCGCCGCUGAAGGAAGCAGAAAGAGAAGAAGUUGCUUUGGUAAGACAGAGCUGUUUUUGUCAUUUCUCGGCUUUCUAGAGUCGUGUUAACGUUGGCUUAAGGGAGGGGUAGGUGGGCAGUUUCCCAGAUACGCAUAAUGUUUCGCAUUAUACGUUCUGCAUGGCCAGCAGCUAUGCAAAUUUAUCGGAACAAAAGAAUAUUUAUACAUAAGAAAAAGGUUCACCUCCCACAGGAAUACCAACAUGGGCGCCGUUUCAUAAUUUCGGUUUUGAUGAUUCAAAACAGGCAACACUGAAGGUUCGUGGAAAAGCCUUAUCAUCAGAACAGAAGGUUAAAGUUGUAACCAAAGCGCAGACGGAAAAUCCUCUCUAUUUAAAGACGUUACUGGAGGUAAGAAAGCUGUUAUUCAUUGCGGGUUUUAUAAUGAGAGUAAAAGAUAAGAAUCAAAUUUUUAACGUAACAGGAUUCGUCUAACUAGCACCCAUUGGGAAAAGGAUACAUGUCAGGUUUCCGCCAAAUACCAUUAGAAAACGAAAAAAGGCUUUUACGUCACUGUCACAAAUUUUAAUCCAUCAACAAGUACGUGGGAAUAAACAGCAAAGCACAUACAACACAAGGUUUGCAAUCCCAUGAUUCAAUACAGAGACAGGCAUUCGAGGCGUGCUUACAACUAUAACAUUCCUAACAAAUACAGGCUAAUUUGAAAUUGCUUUCUUUGAUUUAUCGGAUUACGCAUGCAAUUCACUAUCAAAUCUUAAGAUGCGAACGUUGAUGCCCGAUAUACGUGUCAGCUGAUCACACUACAUUUAUACAUAUACAGUGUUUACUGGUAGCCAUUACGACAGCUGAAGGAAGAUUAUCAGGUUACCCUAUAUUAAGAUCUCUGCUCACAGAUAACCCACCCAGCCCCGGAAAAGUUGGGCACUCCACCGUGGUCUACGCCCUCUGCUCUUUUCGAACAGUGGUGUGGGUUCUUUUUUGUCUCACAAGAACUAGAUAAGGAAGUUCUGCGGGACAGGACCUAUGGCUUUUCGUCCUUAUCUGAGAAUUCAAGAAAGUCUAAUCGUUUGCAGAUGUCAUUACAAAGGCAGCACUUUCUUCUCAGUUAUUUAAAACCCUGAGAGUUGGUCCGACCGGGGUUUGAACUCGCGACCUCCCGCUCAGCAUACUGGCGCUCUCCCAACUUAGCUAACCGCCGCCCAAUCUCUCCUGGAGGCCUGAGCACGAAGACCAGGAGGCUCUGGGGACACAGGAUUUGAAGUCCUAGAUUUUAGGACUUCCGGUCAUUACUGAUUUUCUACAACGUUUUUAAUAGCGUUCGUUUGCUCUUGCAGAAGCGUCAAUAACUGUAAAUUUAGGUGAUUCAGAAGCUUUUAAAAGAGAAUCCUCCAACUUAGUUUUGAAUCGGAAAUGACCGGAAGUGCUAAAAUUUAGGACUUCAAAUCCUGUGUCCCCAGAGCCUCCUGGCCUCCUUCUCGUCCUCGGGCCCCCUGGAGGCUCUGGGGACGAGAUUGACCGCUGCUGGAAGGUAAGGUAGGUAACCGCCGCCGCCAUUUCCUUCAACAGUUUCAACUUAAAUGCACGUAGGUUGAGCUGGUCAAAAAACUGAUUAGCAAACCAACUAAAAUUGGGAUUGCUUUCUAGUAAAACACGAAACUAACACCAAACCAACAACCCAGUCAAUUACGGGACUUUAAAUGAAAAGACUACUGGACUUUAAAUGAAAAGAAAUAUGUGGUCUCUGAGGAAACAGCCUAACUUACGUGAUUUUGGCGAUUAUUGUGUUUUCCCUUCUUUAAUUUUUAAACUUAGUUUUCAGUGUUUAUAUGCAUGCACUUGUCACUUUCAUCCUUUACAGGAACUAUGCGGCUUUGGGGAAUUUUUUCAGCUUGAUGCCUACCUUGACAACCUUCUUGAAGCCAAAAAGUAAGACCCUGCCCCCGUCUUUUGUUCUUCUCCUUUGAUUUGGAACAGCAGUCGCCUGAGUAGCAGCCGCUUAUAGUAUGGCCGCAAGAAAGAACAGGGCUCGCGAGGGGGCAACGCGUGCUGCGUGUAUCUGUCACGCACCCAGUUCUCUCUCACACCCAUAACUUCCAAGCGCCUGCUACGCAGGCUAGAAGAGCAACUAAGCUAUUCACAUUUUAGUUUCUUUAAUAAGAAAACCGUUGUCUAUUCUCUUACAGCACAAAAGAACUGUUUCUCAAAUUUCUUCAGCGGUUGGAAGAGGAUUACAACCCCAAAGAAUACGAAGGAAAUUUGAUAAAAGAUGUAAGUACAAAGAACCCAUUUUUUCAGUUUUUAAAGUAGGUUUGUCUAGGCUUAAUUAGACUCUUUUGUUUCAGGUUAUGUGCUGCAUUUUUGUUGCUCGACAAGGUCUUUCCGAAACAGAGCUCAAGAACAUUCUCAAAAUCACAGAUCAAAUAUGGUCUGUUCUCUACUUUACGAUUGAAGAAUUCAUUUUGGAACGAUCAGGACUUUACGGGUAAAUCUAGCUUUGAUUGAUUGAUUGAUUGAUUGACUUUUUUAACAAAUAGAUUUUUUAUAAAAUAACUGAGAUAGUACGCGCGUUCGGAUUGGCUAAGAGGUGUAUUUGCAUGAGAGCGUUAAUCACGCAAGCACGAAUUUGAAAAAGGUUUUCAGUUGAAAACUCGACAAGUUUGCUCUAUUUAUCCAUUUCCUCGUCGUCUGGAUCUUGGAAACUCUUUAGAGACAUGCUGGGCCAUUUUUUUUGUUCGCGAUUAGUAAGAAUUUCUCUUUUAAUCAGUGCCAUAAACAAAGCGUUUCGCUUUUGUCUCGGAAAAGGUAUUUUAAAAAAGCAAUAGAAAACUUUUUUCCUGUGUUUGCAUAGCCUGAUAUAAACACUCGAGGGAUUUGGAGAAUUCUCGACAGUUAUGCAAACCCUCGAGUUCGUCUCUAGUUUGCAUAAAUGUAUAAAUAUCUCGAAUUCUCCCAACCCCCCUGGUGUUUAUAUCAGGCUAUGAAAACACGGCAAACGUCAGUUGUUCAUUCAGGGCCUGUUUGCUUGUUUUCGUUUUUGUUGUUUUGUUAUUUAUACAACAGUUGUAAAAGUUGAUUAAUAAUCUCACUGCAAAGCUUACGUGAUUUAUAAGCCUAAUUUCCUUGUCCCUGUCACAUUCAUUCUUCAACCCACUGAAAACUUUAUUUAGGAAGCUCAAAAGUGAAUUGAUUUGCCCGUUGGCUUGGUAAGCUCAAUACUACGUUCAUUCCCAGAAGUACAGAAGAGUUCCAUCUCCCUAUAUAAGCACUUGAAACGAAGCAUUUCAACAGUUUAAAUUAAAGCAAAACUGUCCAAAUUUCUAUCUGAAAAAUACCUUGCCUUUUAGGUUUUCGUAUGAUGAACUGUCUGCCGCAGUAAAAGAGAGAUACUGUGAGGAUGAAUCCACUAUCAAGCACUACCUCAUGCUUCUAAUAGAAUAUUUUGACGCGAUCCUGAAGGUAAAAAUCGAAAAAAAAUGAUUCUUAUGUGACGGUCUUUGUAUAUCAUAUUUUCCACAAAAAAAGGUAUAUUCAGCAGCUUUCUCUUAGAAUGGCUGUAAAGUACAAUCCUCAGCAAAAGUCCUGGGGAAAGUGAUGCAGUAUUCGUAACUUUCUGUAAUUCUGGGUACCAUCAUAAAACAGUGAAACCUUUUUGAAAAUAUCUUGCAGUUCUCUCUUCUCCCCCCUCCGCACCCUAUACAAAGUUGAAACUCGCGAAAAAAUCUGGAUGGACAUGUACACGUUCAACAUUGUUUGUGGGGUAGGGAAGGGGUUUGGUGUUGGUGAUUUCAAGUAAUUCUCACAAAUGAAAAGGUGUCCCAAGACUUUUUCCCAUAACUGUAAUUCGUUUGUUUUGUUUGUUUGUUUGUUUGUUUUUUUCAUGUUGCGGCUAGAACUACAGCCUUUGGUCAGCAGGGAAAAAAAACCAUACACGCUGGAGAAUCAGGUCGUCAGCAUAAUUAUUUCGAAACGAAUACUAAUAUAUGGAUCUGCGGGUUUUCUUAUAGGAGAGAAGUGCAGAGUACUACACAGAAAUACCUGAUCGAGUGAAAAUGGAGUUACCUUGGCUUUUGGUCAAAGCUGAGGAAAAGGAACGACUUAUCAAGUGUCUCACAACUGCUUCAAUAUUCUGGUCAUUGAACAGGUUUGAAUUUACCUUCGUUCUUUGCUUUGUAGUAUUGCAUAUAUCUCUUUCAUUCACCCUUCAAGGAAUGUUGGGAAAUGAUUGAUGGAGAGCUUUGGUUUACCGAUAUGAUUGACUAAUUUUUGUUAUCGUCGUCGGAGAAAUAAGGGACGGAUCCAGUAAAGGAAGUAUGACCACGACAGCAAUAGAUGAUAAAUAAAUAAAUGAAGCCUUCCGGCGCCCCAUGUAAUGGAAUCCAAGGCAGUCUUGGAUUCCAGGAUUCCAGGUACUAGAUGCCUUAAUUCUCCGUCAAUGUAACUAAGAUUCCGGAUUCCAGUCGUCAGUGGGAUUUUGGAUUCUUUAAACAGUAUUCCGGAUUCCAAACCCCAGGAUUCUGGAUUCCGCAAGCAAAAAUUUCCCUGAUUCCCUUUACAUGGGGCGAAAAGCAAAACACUUUCGUUCUUCAGCAAGUAAGUACAUGCCAGCUCAUUUUCUCAUUAGCAUACGGGCAAAUGCAUGUUUAAAACUAAGUUGGGUGCUAGAAACUUACCAAAGAGGCCUUAUCUGGGAAAAAGACCAAAGCAACAACGUUGCCAAAAAACAACAACAACAACAACUUUUGUAAUCAAUGUAGGGUACCAAAUAAUGUUAUUUUCCGGCGAUGUUUUUGCCUUGUUCUUUUUCCUAAAUAAGGCCGAUUUGGCAGGUUUCUAGCACCCAUCUCAGCUUUUAAGCGUGCACUUGUCCCUAUGUUAUUUUUUGACGUUAAGCGGUGCUUAAAUGGCGCUCUAGAUAGGCCUUAUUUUUUCCUUUUGUCUAAUUUAACGUUUUAAAAAGAAAAAAUACUAAAGUCAAAGAACAUUAAAAAUUAAAUUCAGGACGUAUUGCGUUGGAAUUUAUUACUAAUUUCAUUUCUUUAUUUCUGUAUUUUCAUUUUUGUAUUUGCCCUUCAGUGCUGAGAGCAAGUACGACUUGAUAAACUACUGGAAUUCUACUGGCUUAACUGGGAAGGACAUAAAUGAUUUGUACAAGACGUCAGUUGACGACCAACUCGCCGUGCUAUAUGUUAAAGAGCAAGAGAAAUUCGGAGAACCAACCAACGCCCUAAAAGUGGUAAUAGAUCUUUUUUUAUUUCCUGAAGUUCAAUCUCAUCUCAAGUGUAAUCAUAAUGAAUCUUUUUCGUUUCUUCGAAGACUAUUCUUUAGCUCUUUUCUUAAUUAGGGCUUUCACCUUUCUGGACGGCUCAGCAAAAUUGUUUCGAAGGACCGGUCAGUUAAACGAAAUCCACUUCAGAUCACGUUAGUGGGCGUCCAAAUUUGUUUGCCUGGUGUUUUCUUAAGAAUAUCAAUGAUUCUAGUCUGGGCUUUAAGGUUUCUUGAGGCUAUUCACAACCGGUAAUGUUUAGAUGAGAGCGUUGGGCAAAUUUUAAAUGGCAUAGAACAUGGUUUUGUUAAACAGUGUUUUAAUAAGCGGCAAUAAACGCCUAACGGUUAAUUUGCCACAUGCUUUUUUACCACGUGACAAAAGACAGGAAAUAACAUCAUUUUUACAACUACCAGAAUUUCAGUUUGUUGGAUUAGGACUAUUGUUCUUUAAUCCUCAGCGGGAUUGACAAAUUUCAAUAACAAAGCAAAAACGAAAUGAAUUCUGGUAGUUGUAGUCAAAUGUCGUCAUCGUGAAAAUGGCCUAUUGCGGAACACAAAUCGUAACCAGUCACCUCAUCGCUUGUAAAGUGUCGAUGUCACAGUAAUUUAGGUAUCCCCAUGUUUUGGGUACCACCUCUCCCCGUGAUCAUUAGUGAUAUCAGUAGCCCCUUGUCAUAUUACGUUAGUGUUUUGGGAUAGUUAGAUUGCAAAUGAUUUGGGUAUCCCGCUUGACAAAGCGGUUUAUUUUCCCUGUAAGAAAGCCUGGAGCUCAGGCAUUAUCCUAUAUUUAAGUAAGGUCAUUUUCUCCUCACAAAGGUGAGCUCAGUCCUCUUGUUGUUCCCUACAUCUCUCCUUAGUUGUGUACUAGUUCAUCUAGCUGCCGCGGGGUGAGUCUCCCAUAGCUAAUUACUAGUGUAGGCAGUGUUUGAAGAUGGCCCCAGAGGAAAUAUACUACAAUGUUAUUUUGAAAUUUUGCAGCUUUUCCCUUUUGUUUAUGGUAUAUCCCAGUUUCAGUCAGAUGCUGGAAAUAUGACAGAAGUAGAACCAUUCCUUCAGAGAGCCAUAGACGUACUUGUGAGUGAAAAAUUAAACAACGAGCAGAGAUCCAUCUUGUUGGGUCCGAUUUUUACUUACUUUGUGUAUCAGUCCAGUUUUUACCUUUGUAUUUUCAGUCAAUAGAACUUGUUACGUCAAUUCUUUUUUCUAAACUCAUUAAUAAUUCAGAAAAAAAGGAAACAAAUGACGCUGGUUUUGAUAUCGGAUCUUUAAAUUACCAUAAAAUUUUGCGAACUUUAUCUAUGCAUUUCUCCAAGAAUUCUUGUUCAUUUGAGAAGCUAUUUCAAAAACUACGCUCAGUGUUUCAUCCGAUAUCCUGUCUCCUCGAAAUCGGUCUAAAAAAGUCGGCUGCGCCUCGUUUUUCAACCUACUUCUAUGUGUCUGGAUAUCGGAUGAAACACUGCGUGUCGCUUUUGGUAUAUUGCAUCUAGUGGCGUAUUGCGUUCUAAUGAUGCUGGUUAUGAGCCAGGCAGGAUAUCCUGCCCGUUUUUAAAAUGUGCGCCAGAUUUGACUUAGGCUGCGAAAACAGCGGUUUCUCCUCGCUCUUCACCGCUGAGGACGUUUAGCUACGAAUUACGUCUGCGACUCAGCGACAGAAAUUCCGUACUGAUGACGUAAAAUCUGUCCGGAAUCCAGUCAGAAGCGCUAAUUGGUCGAUGGACUAGUUACAUUGUUUUAGCUAUUGUUUACUAAUGACAGACAAGGCCAUCCCAAUAAAAUGUUUCGUUUCUCAUCGCCCGACCGACCCAUUUUUUUCGAAAAGUAAAAAAAAAACAGAUUCACCAGUCAACGAAGCGAGUAUUUUAAUUUACAAGCACACGAUCUUGUUUUAUUAACAGCAAUUGGUAUAUAUGAUGUGAUGUCCUUGUCUUCAAUUAACAUCGAUACUACGUUUUUUAAAGGCUGUUUAGACAUUUGGUAGUCGAAAAGACCACGUUUUAGAGUUGACUUUGUAAACCAGGCUUUCUUACUUAGCAGCCCAGCCUUUCCUGGAACCCAGACCCCUUCAAGUGUUCAUUCUUUUUUUUUUGCCCGACCGACCGACCCACCAUUACAAGAGACGGGGCGAUGGAAAACGAAACAUUUUAUUGGGAUGGCCCAAAAGACAAAAGGCCACGAAGGUCAACUGUAAACGCGAUGAAUCUCUAACAAAACAGUCAAAAUUGGUGGAAUAUAUUGUUCUCUAGAAGAAGCAUUUGAGUUUUGCUGGUAAAAUCGAUCAGGGGAAACGUAAAAUUGAACAAAUUUGGAUGUGGAACCCCAUGACUACCAGAUGUAUUAUGUAAAUAUUGAUUUACUUCAUCACCAUGGAAUUUCUGUCGCUGAGUCGCAGACGUUCCUCCGCGCGAAACGUCCCUUGCGGAGAAAAGGGAGGAGAAACGGCUGUUUUCGUAGGCUAAAUUUGACUGAUAGUAUUGAAAAUAAGUUAUAAACGAGAAAAACAUAAUUAUUUCUAUCUCGUUUUGUAGAAGACAGCCCAUUCAGAAGAAGAAAUCCAUUCUAAUUCUGUAGUAGCUGAACAGUACUGCAAUAUGGUGAAUUCACUGGCAUGUUUGUUUGUGGAUACAGAGCAGUUUGAUAAGGCCGAGCCACUCCACUUGGAGGUCCUUGAGCUAAGAGAAAAGUAAGUUUUUCUCUCUUUUUGCUGGUGAAGGUGGUUAUCAUUAAUCAAUCCGCAUGCGUUAACAUGAUCGUAGUACUCACACCCGCAGAGAACUUUCUUAAAAUUGGUUGCCUUCGAGCAAGAGAUUACAUUUAGGUUAAAUCUUCAUAGUUUACCCAUAAAGUACUGGACAAUCUGGCACCUUCAGCCACUCAUAACCAAUGAAAGCGCUAUAGAAAUAAUAAAUAAUUAAUUAUCGUUAAUUAUAAUUUAAGUCUUGGAAUUUUUAGGGCUGCAGAAACCCCGCAGUACACGCUAAGUGAUAACCUGAAUUCGAGUGAACAAGCCAGGGAAAAUCUUGAUGAACAUUUACCAAACAUCUUCUGCCCUUCGUCUUUACGUAAAGAUCUGUGAAUCAUUUUGAACUGAUGACAAUUUUUCCAAGCUUUUUUCGUUGCUUGUUUAUACCAGGAACUUGCGGGUAUUGGCGGCUAUUAGUCUUUAAGCGGAAAGUAAUCUAAACUUUGAAAAAAAGAGAACUAUCCCAAUACCACUAGGUCACACGACACUCGCUUUUUAAAUGAACCAAAUUCUCGUUGUUCCUAUGCAUUUAAUCAGAUUCGCUGACACGUGGAUCAAUGGUUGGUCGAGUGUUGCUUCUUCAUUGAACGGUCUUGGAGUGUUGUAUUACAGGACAAACAGGUUUGAAGAGGUUCGAGACUCAGUUUUCGUUUUUUAACUACCAUUAAUACUUUUUGUGACGGCUUCCAUUGACUGACUGUAAACUGCCAUUAAUGUUAUGGUUUCGAAACACGACGUUGCCAAACUAGCGUAGGUUCUUUGCAAUACGGCUUUUUUUUCUACAUUAGGAACGAAAACACAGUUUCAGAGAUGCCAACCUCUAGAGACCUAAAAUCUUUUUUCACUACCCCCCCGGAAUUUCAACGAACCCCCCCCCCCUCCCGAAAAAUUGACCUAAGGCCCCAAUGGGAAUGAUUUAGAACAUUAUAUGACGUCUUACAUGAUGUUCAUACUAUCAAAAUUCGAAAUCAUCGUUUUGAUGCUAGAAAUAAUCUUUGUCAAUGACUAAAUACGUGCAAAACUGAAUGCCCCAGAAACCGUACUGCGAAUAAGAAAAAUUCAAGUUUUGAGCUAAAAAUGAGCUAAAUCUCAAACUAAGUCUGUUUUAUUUUUUACUAAGUAUUCAAUAUUUAUAGUGGACGUACAAAGCGGGAGAUUAAUGUACCAAAGCGGGAGAGCGGGAGACGGGGCAAAAAAGCGCAAGUCUCCCGCCAAAGGCGGGAGAGUUGGCAUCACUGCAGUUUGAAGCACAACUCACAUAAACUAAUGUGAUGCAGUGAUUCUACGUUUAACUUAUCAGUUAAUAAAGUAGAUUAGAUGUAAGCUGAGCUCCUUUUUUAGUUUCCUAUUUCUGAUUCGCGUCGCAGAUUGUUGUUUGUUCUUUUAUUAAGUAAUUUACUGGCACCUUAAUUACGACUUAUUGUUACCUAUCUUUCUGCGAGAAUGUGGUCAAAAGUUUAUUGAAAUGUUGAUUCGGGUGCUCUUUCUUAGGCGUUAACCUACUACAACAGAUGUCUAGAACUUCACCGAAAAACUCUGCCAGCGACACACAGUUUAAUUCCAGACACACUUAACAACAUUGGUGCUUUAUAUAAAUCCAUGGCGCGCUGGGAAGAUUCCGCUAAAGUGCUCGAGGAAGCAUUACAGGUUCCUUUCGUUAAUAUCGUUAACUAAAUUAAGGCGGAAUAGCCUGUUCAUUCAAAAUUUUUAGAAUGAAAUGGUUAUGAAGCUCAUUAGACUUCUUUGUUAUAUUUUCUUGUGGACUUGACGGUGCACAACGUUCCAAUAGCAUUCCUAUCAUUUUUAUUAUAUGUGCACUGUCAGGAGCUUCCAACAUGAACGGCAGCAACAUUGUUUUCUCUUUUCCUUUUGCCAACUUUUCAUAAACACUCUCCUUUACUAACUAUCAAUUAAAGACUGAAUAAGUCAAAAAGAGAUGAACCUAACACAUUACAAUAUUAACCAUACUAAACUGGUAAAUCUCCUGACGUUUUAAAGAAAAAAAUGGUAUACAUUAGUUUUUGAGUACCUUUUACAGGAAAGACUACGUAUUGCAUAUGAAACAAAAAAAUGGAAUUGACUGUGUCUGUCCGUGUUUCAACCAACUUAUUUGAAGACCAGUAGCGAAGCCAAGUUGAAAGUAGUUCAAUUGUUUGAUUGGCUCACUAGACAGAGUGUUGGGUCCGGUUAUCAAAAAGAGCAGAGUUCGAGUUAACAGUUUCUUUUCAUCAAGUUCUUUUAAAGUAAAUAACAUGCAGACACUGCCCAGAUCAUCGCCAUUAUCACAUUUUUUGGGCAGUUCAAAACACGCUUUAUUUAUUUAUUUAUUUAUUCAUAUUAAAAAUCAUAGCUGUACGAGGAUGCUUACUUUGGUCAACUUCCCCCCGACGUUGGUGGAACUUUCCUGAACCUUGGAAUGGUUUACUUCAGGCUCUAUGACGCCAGCAAAGCAGAACCGUUGUAUCUAAAGUAAGUGUUAAAGGACUAAACUGGGCUUUCAUUGCGACGCUUUUAAAUGACAUGCGACCUCUCAAGUCAUAAAUUUAACCAACCUUCACGUUUUUCGCAAGGGAAGCAAAGACGUCUUCAGCCUUUUCGAAAGUUCGCGACUGUAGGUUGGAAUUCAACUUUGUUUGUCUUGUUUCAGUGCAGUUGUGAUUGAAGGAAGCGAAAAAAGUAGUCGUUAGUGACAUUGUUUUACUUUAAAGGUUGCAUGUCAUUGAAAAGCGCGGUAAUGGCUUAUUUCUCACUAAAUACUGGUUAUUUUUCAAAUUAAGACGAAUUAUCCGAUUGACUCCGAUUAUUAGCGGAGACUUCAUUGCUAUAGAAAUCAAGUGGAAACCCAUCAAUGAGAGAAAUUCGGUUAUGACGUCAUCGUACGCCUGUCCGCCCAUUCAGACUGUCAGGGAGAACUUGAGAGACGGCAAGGAAGGGGACGGGGGAAUCCAAGUCAUGCAGCUUGCGUUUUUCCUGGCGAAAAAUGAACCAGCUUACGUAGAGGUAGCCAAUGGAGUUGUUCCAGUAAAAAAAUCUUGAAGUUUCUGUUUUUUUACUUGUGACAAAAAAAACUUAGAAAGAUAUAUUAUUUAUUAUUACCGACAACUGAAUAGUUGUUUAAUUUUAAGUUUUAAACUUUUGUGUUCUUUGUAUGCUGCCACAAUAUAUAAAUACGGCUGAGUAUGAAACACGGCUGUCAUCAAGCCGAGUGGUUAAGCUACGUUCAAACGGAGGCAACAACUCCUAAUGUACCUCGCAAUGUUAUUGGUCGUCUGUCAUGCAGUUAAGCCGUGAUGUUAUUGGCUACGAAGACUCGAAAUCAGUAAUUGGUGGGUUUCGAUCCGUCUAUUGUCACAGUUAAACGUUCGUCUAUUGUUUGUCAAAUUGUCAGUUCUCCAGUCGCUCUCUCGUAGUUAGUUUUGCUUGAUCUCGUCAAUAAGUCGUUUGUGCGGCGGUGGUAACUGCUGUCUACGAUUCAGUGGCGUUUUUUCUAAGUUAGUAAACCAGCUUUCUAAAGUAAGAAGUUGAUAGUAGUCUGUAGAAUACCGUAAAAUUCCGAAAAUAAGCCCCUCCAUGUAUAAGCCCCUCCAAAUAUAAGCCCCCCAAACCGGUUAGGCAAAAAACCCUCCGUUAAAUCGCCCCUCCAAAUAUGAGCCCCCCCGGGGGCUUGUACUUGAAAAAUUGCCCUCCAACACAAAGUAAAACAAAGCAAAAACGGUAAAUUUACUUCCAACUAUAAGGCUAGCUCAAUCGAUUUUGAAACGCAAAUUUCCCUCCGUAGAUAAGCCUCUCCGAAUAUAAACCCCUCCAAAAAUAAGCCCCUCAAAAAAGGCCCUUGAAAAAUAUAAGCCCCGGGGCUUAUUUUCGGAAUUUUACUGUACGUUAUACAUGUCGCAGAGUCCCGGUCAAUUUGAUGUUUCGUCUGUAAAGGGUGCUCAGCAAUGUGAUUGUUGACACCAGUUCUCGUCGCUCGUUUGUGUUCGGUCAGUCGCGUGCUUACGUUUCUGCCGGUUUCACCAAUGUAAGAAGCCUGGCAGUCGCAGCAUUAUUAUUAUUAUUAUUAUUAUUAUUAUUAUUAUUAUUGUUAUUAUUAAUAUUAUUAUUAUCAUUAUGAAUUAUUUUUAGAUAGUUUUAUUUUUGUAUUAACUUUUUUAUGCUUUUUAUAAUUGUUAUUAGUAGUUUUUAGAUAGUCAUUUAACGACAAUUCUCUUUCGUACACAAGAAGAAUGUACAUAGGGUAUAUAUUUUAAUAUUCGUAUUCUUGAAUCUGUAAAAAGUCUAUUUUUUUAAUCUAUGAAUAAAGUUAUUUUUGUAUUAUUUAAAAAAAUUAUUAUUAUUAUUAUUAUUAUUAUUAUUAUCAUCAAGAUUAUUUUGUUGUUCAAAGCUGGUUCGAUGGUUUGCUUAUUUAUUUGUGUUUAAGGAAAGCGUCGCAUAAACGAUUCAUAGAUGGCUAAUAAGUUUUGGAAAGUUCGUACAGGCUUUUUCAGAAAAGUACAUUUCUGAGCUCAUUUACUGCCUUUCAGGAGCUGAUCUCAGGUUAUUCUGUCUGUUUUGACUUUUUUACGAUGUGGGACGUAAUUAUUUCCUCUCACUUAAGCAACGUGCAAACGGAUGCAAUAUUGUUGAGCCAACAAUGUUGGGAGUUGUUGGCAAUGGAAGUGCAAGCGGAUGUAACAAUGUUGGCGCCUGGAGUGUAUUGUGAAGAGGAUACCACCCAUAAGACUUUGGAGACCACGUUUAAUGGGCGUGCGUGGCUCCAACAAUGUUGGAAGAGCUGUGAAAAUGGGUCCAACAUUGUUGCGCUACGCUUGGGCGAUCACAGAACAAAAGAAAAGUUGGGAUUUGUUGGGUCAAAACUUUGAUUGGUUUUAAGCUUUGCGCAACACCAUGCAACAGGGAGUGCAAACGGACGCAACAUGUAACAUCCAGCAAUGUUGAGAGUUGUUGGCCAACAAUGUUGCGUCCGUUUGCACGCGUGUUUUCACGACUUGCGCGAUGUAUGGGCUCCUGUUAUCAGGUUAAAAUACACAUGCUUAAGCUUACAACCAUUUUUACUGGUUACUAAUAAUAAAAAAAAGUUCUAAAGAAUUCUCAAUUGCCGUGUCACUCGUAAGAAGAAAACUUAAAGCGAAAGCUUCACAAGGAUUUUUGAAACAGUUUAGUCACACUAAAAAAAACUCCCUUCUAUUGAAUAAAAGUGAACUGUUUUACAUGUUCUAUUAAAUUGUCAAGAGUUUUGCAGUGCGUUUUUUCCGUGAUUCGCCCUGAAUGCCGCUUGAAUAAACUUCGAUGCGUUUGUUUUCGCUUUCUCUAUCCUCGCCGAAAAAAUUAUCUAAAUGUAAAAGAGUUCUCGUUUUCUUCGAGCUUGAGCUCGCCUUUUUUUUUUAGAAAAAAAAUAUAUAUAAAUAAUUUAUUGUAACGUUUAUAAUUUGUAGUUUUUGUCUUAGAAUUUUUGCUCGAUGGGCGAGAUUUUUCAUUUCAGGUGUGUUUGUGGGAUGUCUUUUUUUUUUUUAAAUCAUUCAACCCAAAGUGGAAGGCUCCUAAAGAUAAGUAGGGAUUUGAAGAUUUCUUUUUAAUAGCUGAGAGUUUAAAAUAGUAAUGAAGGUGAUAGGCUAGGAUUGCAUCUCAGAAGGCGACCGUCUAGUUGUACCAAAUGUACUAUGCAGCUUUUUUCAAUCAUACACUCCCGCGAGUAAACGUUACAAACCUGAAGUUUGGAAUCACACUUGUUCACAGCUGCCUACCAAGUCACUGAGUUAACUUUUUCAGUGAACUGAUUCUCACUUCAUGUGUACUAAUUAGGUGUCAUUUUCAUAUACUAUAGGGCAUUAGACAUUCGCACUAAAGCAUAUGGCCCGGACCACCUUGAUGUUGGGCAGACGUUGCUGACUUACUCCGCCUUUUUGCUCUCAGUCGAUGCUUCGAAAUCAGCCGACGCCGCCAUAAAAGCGGUAGAGAUUUUCGAGGUAUACAACAACUUAACUAGCAAUUACAAUAUCAAAGUUUGAAAUAAUGAAUCACGAGUAGUCCCCAUUUUCCUCAGGGAAGUUUGAAAUAGCGCGCGUGAAAAACGCGAGAAAAGGCGACAUUUUUCACGCGCGCUCGCGUUUUUCUCGCUCUACUAUCCCUGAGGAAAAAUGGGGGACGACUCGUAGUCUACUUCUGUACACACAUUCCACUCAAUUCAUUAUUUAUCUUUUUAUUCAUUUAUGUACUUAUUUUUUUCAUGUCUUCACUUUUUCCUUAUUCAAGAAAUCACUGGGGCCAGAAAACAUUAACACGUUGAACGCUCAAGAGAAUGUCGCGUUGGCUUUUGCUAAGGAUGGAAAAUUUGAUAAGGCACAUCCGUACUUUAAAAAAUCAGGUACUAACAUUUAUAUAUUGACUCUUUUAAUUUACGUAUACUCGUUAUAUUAGUGUUUGUGAUAUUCAGUGGCUUGUAAACGUGGCAAAAGAUUUUUAAGUUAAGGAGUGUCACUCAGAAGUAGUUUGAAGACUGUGAUUGCAGUUUGAAUCUCUUGUAAAUCGAUUAGAAUCACUAGAUCAAGAUGAAUUAACAACAACACUUGACGAUUCUUAGUUCGCCUUGUACCCAAACUACAUAGUCAUCGUAUCUAUAACAUAACGCUGCUUGCAAGUGAGACGAAGAAAGUGUUUCAUAUUAAUUUUGACACUCAUUUUUCAACUCUGUAAGGAAUCAUUCGACAUCAAAGGGGCCAGAUGAAUUCUUCCAUUCCAAUAUUGAACGCUGCCAUGGCCGAUUAUUAUCUCAACAACGAACGCAAUGAGGAGGCGAGACAGCUAUUUGAGAGAUUGGUAAGUGUUCAUUUCUCGUUGAUUUUAAUAUAAUGUUAUCAAAGAAAGGAUAAAUCACAUUUUCAGAAAAUUAACGGAAGAUAAACUUACCAUGCGAGUUACUAGCCUGUCCCAGUCUACCAGGUAGUUGGUGUCUGCGAAAUUAUGUAAUAAAAGAGCGGGAACACUGAAAAUAAAACGGGACCAGAUCUGACGCGCUCAUUUUUUCGCGUGCCUUUCACUUACGCUUCAUUCCCACUAUUGAGAGCCUGGAACAGGCUAGCAAGUAACAUUCUCACCAACUUUCACUGCAGAUAAAAAAACUAACAGAAGUGGCUCUAAAACGAAUGAAAAGCACGAUCUCUCGUUAUCUUAAGAAACAUUACUAUUUCUGUUAUACUGAGUAAUGUAUUGAAAUGCAAUGAAUCAUUUGCAUUUUAAAAGUGUUCUUUCAGAUCAACGCCUUUCAAGGUGAUUUUUCAAUUAAUUCUGAUUUGCUUUAUCGCUUUUUCCAGGUUGGGACUGAUUUUGCGACGGAUAGAGACUUUGCCGCCCUCGACUUCUUGGAUCAUGAACUUCUGGGAGAUGGCAAACCUGAAAGGCCCUACAAUGAAACAGUAGAUUUUGGCUUAGAAAAGUUUGUACUUCAAUUUUUAGGGCUCCAAAUUAGUCCUGAAAAAAAUCAUUCUGCAAAAUGAAAGCAUAUGCUAUAGAGUAGAGUAACAAGGAAUCAGCUGGGAUGUGUUGGGUGCGUGUCACCUAAAACACUCGUCAGUUAUUGUUGAAACACUUGUCACGGUGUGCUCUCGAUCCCCAGUAUUGAUUCACUUAUUACCUAUUUGCAACAAAAAAUGUUAGUCGCAGCACUGGUGAAGGAGAAAAGGAUUACACACAGACCAAAUUUAGAUACGUCGGUUGAGAAGGUGUGACAUGAAAAAAAUGCCGGCCACUGCUUCUACGAAAUUUGACGGCUAUUGUUAUAGUUACUGUAGAAAACAUUUCCUUAAUUCGCUGUACUGAAACGCUGGGAGAAAAUUUUCUUGGGCGAAUUCAAAAGGCUAAAUUUUUCUAACAAACGUCUUGUCGAGGUGACAGAUCCAUAAUACAGAUUUAUAUUCAUAUCUAGUUCUUAUUUUAUUAGCGGUGCUCUCGCGCGCGCGAAGCGCGCGCGCAGCGGAGCACCAUGGGUAACAAAAUUUGGUAAACUAUCCAUCCCAGAAAAUUUGGUUAUGACGUAGAGUACGCCCACCCGUACACACACUUCAUUUAAGCCGAUGUCAAAUGUCACAAUAGAUCUUGCACAACUUGACUAGCCUUUCAGUUAUGUAAGCCAUCCGUAUGAGUACGAUUAGAUUGACAGCUGUCAAAAUCAGACAUCCGCUGACAAUUAUCACAUGACCAUCUCGCGGGCUCAGAUGAAAGACGAGUCGUUUUGCCCUACAUAUAAGCUGAUAUAAUAUGUCACACUAACCAAUUCAACAUAAAAACGAAACUACGCCGGGCAAGGCUGUAAGUUGGCUGACAGUCGUUUAAAGUUAUAUCGGUAAGCAAAGUUAAGGUCAAUUGACAGCUGUCAAAAUGGGACAUGUGCAGACCACUAUCAGAAAACUAAUAACGUGGGCUCAGGUUCGCUGAGGUACACGAUCUGGCCUUUUCCACUACAAGCCGGACGGAUAUGCCUUACUCACACUCGUAGUCCGUUAAUUCGAAUAUUCACCAUUCUAAUGAAGGCUAAUUGACAGCUGUCAAACUAGAGUAUACGCUGACCAUCAUCACCUGAGUGUAUCGCGAGCUCAUUUUUCUAUCCAUUGAGUUCACGUAGUGUUUAAAGUUUUGCGCUGAUAUUUUAUUUGAUCACGCGCUCAAUUCGAAACCCCAUAGCUUAGGAAAUCUAUCCAUCCUAGAAAAUUCGGCAAUCACGUGACCUUACACCGACCACCCGACCUUCCGUCGGUCCGCACCACAGGCAUCCCAAUGUUUAAUCUCACACUUUCUAGCUAAUUUGGGAGCCUGCAACCUGAUAUUGUACAUCCAUGUUUUGAUUAAUUGACAGCUGUCAAAAUAGUGUUUCUGCUGACCAGUAUCGCCUGACCGUAUCGCGGGCUCAGGUAUCGACCCACUGAGUUCGAGUGUUUUUUGAAGGUAUCCGCUGACAAGUUGCUACUUUUCAAAUGAUCGCAGGCUCAAGUUCAAUUUUUUUAAAAUGCAUAUGAAAUAAGUCGUGUUUAUGAGCCGCAUUUUUAAAAUUUUGAUUUCGAACUGACUUCGGCCGCCAAAAUUCAACCCGCUUUUACAUGCAGGCUAGGCAAUCGCUUUUGACUUUUCUCACUGUCACGCGUUGAUCACGUUCUGCGUCCAACUUUUAUGUUCUCAUUGGUCAAAAUUUGACAGGUGAGUUCAUGCGGAAAAUUCAUACAGCGUCUGGAAACUUGUUUACUGAUAGCUGGAGCUGACAGAGUUUUGUAUCAUCUUGUGAUGUUUUAAACUGUCUUUUUCUACCUGGUGUGCAAAAUGAAAUACAGCUGCUAUCAAGAUUGUUCUGUAAUUCAUGGCUGGUCUGUUUAUUGCGCUUUAUGUUGACAAAUGCACCGGUUGUCAAUAAAGUCAUUGGAAAUCCGAUUUCGGAUGGCAUCGUUUUCAAGAAUGAGCUUAGCUAGCCACUUGCCCUUGCUUGAGGCGUAAGAGGGUUGAAAAGUCUCCAGCGAUUCUGGAACACUUGAUGACCUUCAAAAGCAGCGUCUCGACUGGUAAGCCUGAGCAAUUAUUGUCUUUGAUGUGUUUUUUUUUUCGGUUUCCUGAAGUCGAGCGUAUGGUUUAUACGGCUUAAGUUUAUACACGAGCAAUGAUCUAACCUACAAUAGUAACAGGUUUAAAAAGCCUUUAGACGUUUUUUGACCGCAAUUUCAAAGAAAAGGUGCCGAAGAUUAUUUAGUUAUGAUUUUGGCUAUAAACAGAAAGCUCUGAGCGAUUUUCUUGCUUUGAGUUCAUCUUGAAAAAGAGCAAACACCGGGAAGCCGCGGCUUAAAACAUAAACAAGUUUAUGCUUACCUGACUCAUGAUUUUCAGAGACACUUUACUCUCAAUACUUCUCUUCGUGAAUGAAAAUUAUUGUCUCUGUACAUGUUUCACCGAAUUAUAUUUAUUUUAUUGAUUGUUAGUAGUCCCUUCCGCAAUUUUUUUCGCUGCACCGGUUGUUUCCAGUCGAACAUAAACAUCGCAUGCAGGGAUACUCAAAACGCCGCGCGUAAAUAUAACUCGCUUUUAAAGAUUACACAUAACAAAACCAUACACAGUUUAAUAAAUAAAGGGAAAUAAAACCUAAACAUAAACAAUUUCUCUAUCAUGUUAAAGCGUAAAUGGUAACUCAAUUAAUCGCACUGCAAAUUUGCGUGUCAAAAGUGAGAACCCGUCCGGCUGGCCGAAAAGGUGAUUUUGGGAAUAUUUUUUAUCGUUUUCACUAAAAGCCCAUAAUUAUUACCCUGCAUAUCACAUAGGACCAGAUGUUUGUAACGGAAAAGUCCCGCAUUAUGGAAUUCUUCACAUGAAAACGUCUUAUAAUUCAAUGCUAUAAUUUGUUGUGCAAAAAGGAAGCGCGUGCUAUUGAAUGAGUGCAAGUUGUCUUGCAAAAUUGUGAAAAACUGCAGAAUUAUAGGGCAAAAAAAGAAAAAAUUCUGUCCGAGGUCUGUAUGAUAAAAAAAGGACCUCAUAGUACUAUUUACCUGAGACGUGUUGAGAAAACAGCUAAUGCAAAUACAAUACACGAAUAGGUCUAUUUGUUUUCCAGGCCUAAUCUACUGUGAUCGAACAUAAUUGCUAUUUUUGGGUGUACAAAUAAGACUAUUAACUCGAUGUAAAAUUUGUUUCACUCUUGGACUGUUAAAUUAUUUUUCUCUAAAAUCACUUAGCCUUAAUUUGCCUCAAAAGUCACAUGAAUGUGCCCUAUCUGUGGAUUACAAGUUUAUUGUUUGAUUUAAAUUAUGAAUUUAUUAACGGAAGCUUCGCUUUUAGCCCUGGCUAAAUCUAUAUAUUAUAAUAGCUUACUUACUGUGAAUUAAGGCACAAACUCGUCAACACUUCAAGAAUACGCCAUUUUACAGUUAUGGAUGGAAGCGAGGCUGGAGGUGACCUUUUGAUACAAACCUUUCUACGGUCUUGUAUUUUUUAUUAACGUCUCUUCUACAAAAUCCAUAUGCUGACAAUAAUAAUUUUUAUAGCGGAGCUCUCGCCGGAGCACCAUGGGUAAGAAAAUAAAGUAAUCUACCCAUCCGAGAAAAUUUGGUUAUCACGUGAUCGUACACCGCCCGCCCGAGAGAAGGUCCGUCCGCACCACAGGUAUACCAGUGUAAAAUAACUCAAUCAACAGGUAUGGCAACCCAAAUGCAACUCGAGGUUAUUUUGGCGCGAAAUCGCAUAACCACCGGCGUGUUGUAAAGCAGACACAACAAAAGAGUCAAUAAAGAUGAAAACGGAAGGCGGAAAUUAUUUCUGUAUCCGUGUUGUCUAAAGUAUAAGCUUAGAUAAAUUGUCAUGUCCACAAAUUUGGAAUAUAGAGCAAGAGAAAGACAGAGAAAAAGAGAAAGUGGGUGGCAGGCCAGCGAAGCUCAACGACGACAGGGAUUUAGAACGAGAGAUAAAAAACCGAUGGAGACAAUUUUUUUGGUUGGAAGAACAACAUGAAAAUGUUGUGGCGGCGGUGACAAAAUGAGAAAUGCUAGCGGCCACCAAUGCAAGGUGAAAAUGAGCGGCAGUGAAAAAAGUGAACGGGAACACGUACGACAUUUCCUCCAUAAAACGUGUAACUAUGAAGUUUCUGGAAGUUUCACGAUGUAGGCGUGCAAAACAACGGCAAAGAAAUGUACAAAAAGUGUGCUGAACAAUUAGUGUACGGCACGUGCAAAGUUGCUUUUGCUAAUUAGACCUAGUGUUGUUUUUCACCGUUUUCCGGCGUUGCAUGCGUUCGCCGCUUAGCAUUACACAAUUUUAUAUUUUGUUUGAACAUACUUUAAAAAAAAUAUUAUCGAGCGCUUCGCUUUUAGCCCUGGCUAAAUCUAUAUAUUAUAGUUAAGGCGAAAAAGGGUAAAACGUGAGCCACUCUACAGUUCUGGCCGUUUUUUCUUUGUUUUGGCCUCGGUUGGCUGAUCAUCGUUUAAAAUUUGGCGCUCGUCGGAGUGCGCUUUAAGUUCCCGGAUAUGUCGCGUGAUUCUGGGCGAUGUUAUGUAAAUCAAGAUGAUGUUCUUAUGCUAACUACUAUUUUCAAGGACAAUUUCCAUGACAAAGCAAAACAGGUUUGUAUCAAAACAAGGUCAAUCUGAGCCUCACAUUCACUCGAAGGCUAGGGUACUAAGCCCACAACUGUAAAAAGGUCUAUCACAAACCUCAGUUUCAUUGUGUGGUGUAUUCAAUGCAGUGAAAUGAGGGGACGGUCUAUUGGUUGGCUGUUGUCUUUUACUCGAGUUAAUACCUCGGACAGCUGUUCAUCCUCUCUAGUCUUAAGACAACUACAAGUACUUGAAGACAUUAAUUUUACACUGCCAUGAAGAUAAUAUAUGCAAUAGAGAGAGACACUUGCGUUUAAAACUUCAGUUGCUCAGAACCACAAUUUUUUCUGCCGGCCUGUUUAAUCGGUGAAAAAUUGAUGCAAGUGCAAAGUGCAAGAUAAGACUUUUCUCCGAGAAUUUAAGGAGAAAUCCGCUCUAAACUCGGUAUAUUAAGAGAAGCUUUCCCCUUUCCAGAUUUCCGUCGAGUGUUAUGCUAUUUGGUAGAAAACUCCCAAAGCUUGCGGAAAAAGGAGACUCAAAAAGCACAAUUCAUAUUCUGGAAAAAGGAGACUUUGGCGUUGAGAAAUAUAACGAGUCAUAUCAAAGUUUUGUUGAGAGUCAGCACAGAAGAGAAGGUCUUGAAAUCCUUACAGCUGCCCACGAAACGUUUCCCACAGACACCGUAAGUAUGCUAAGGACAAAGCAGCCCGUUCGUAGCUCUAGCCUCAAAAGUUCGAAAUAAAUUUUGUUUAACGUACAGUUUUUUUUUACAUAUUUAGUCGUGAAUAACUUGCAUCUGUUAUAAAUUGUAUAAAUGUACGAUUCUUAGUCAGAAAUUUACAGAACACAAAUAUGGUCAAACAAGCAAUGAAAAGUUAAUGCCAGGGCGUUUCUCUAGGAGACCCCCCUGGGGACGAGGCUGAUGUGGUAAAGAAUCAUAUCGCCAACGCUUUGCGCGUUUCCUUUACUUGUUGUUGCUGUGUCAUAUCUUUAGAAUAUUUUCAUCUUAUGAUAAUGGUGAAGUCUGGGAUGAUCAAUCGUAAGGUGAAAUAGGCUGCAAUGCAAAUAAACAAAAGUUUCAAAUUAUGGAAUAAUGAUUAAACCUUAUCAAAGAUUCGAAAAUUAACGUAACAGUGAAUACAAGGUGGAAUUCUCUUUAAGAACCCAGCCAAACGGUAACUGUAACAAGAUCAAUGUUAAUAACAUGCAUGUUCGCGCUGAUAGGUCAAGCCCAAGGUGUAAUCUAAAAGAAAGAGGUAGGUAUUUCUAUUUUUAUUAUCACUUAAAGACGACGUGUUUUUUUGUCUCAAAGAUAAUUCUGCAAAACGUUGCCUCGUGUUAUGCCUUCUAUAAGGACUACAGUAAAGCGUCUGUUUACUUCAAGAAGCUGGUAGACUUGCAGCCAGGUAAUGAAGGAGUUAUUGCUGAUUAUGGACGAGUACUUGCCAUGUCAGAAAAAGUAGAUGAAGCAAAGGAACAGCUUAGAAAUGCUCUGAAGAUCGCGGAGAAGAAAAAUCAAGAACAGCUUGUAGAACAGGUAUAUUUCUCCUUGUACUAA